AAAAAAGAAAAAGAAGGGCUCUCUAGCUCUCACGAAAAAAACCCCCAAGUCCCAAUCCAUCUUUUUCCUUCCUGCGAUUUUCUGGCAUUCCCCCCAAAAUCAUCGACCCCCAUUAUCCCAUCUCUCCCACUCCCCAUGUUUGCCGGUCUAAUUGUGAUUUCCUCAUCUGAUUGGAGAAAUUUAUUUGCCCCUCCGUCGGCACCCCCGUCGCACUCCGAGCCUUCAGGUGCGGCACCUCCUGUAGCCCGGUGCCUGACACCUAGGCCCAGCACUCCUACCUCGUCGGAGUGUGCCGCUCUGCCGUGCCCCGAUCCUUCCUCCUCAGGUAACAUCUUGAUUAAUGUGUGUCUACCAGCUGCUCGAUGGAAUUCCCCUGUGAGAAUUUUGUCAUGUCCUGUGAUUUUCAUCUUUUGUGAUUGUAUCCCAGGAGCAUCUCAACUAAUGAUUUUGAAAGAAUGUUCAUCAUCCUUUUGGUUUCUUCUACUCUCCUUGCUCCAGGAUGUUGGAUAUUGGAUUAAUUUGUUUAUGGUUUAAGUAAUACACACUAAAAUUUGCUCUCUAACUUGCACAUGUAUGACUCAAGUUCCUGACGAUGGUUGUGUUUCUAAUUCUUUAGUUGCUCGCUACUAGAUAUUUUUAUUGCCCAAAAAUUACGAGUAUCUCUAGUAGAUAUAUAUUCUAUCAUCAGUUCUUCGGAUUAGAAUAUACAGGUAGGAAUUAUUAACAUAGUUUAAUUUAUGAUUGGUACUGAUCUCAGGAUUGCUUUAAGUGGUUAGAAAAUUCAGGUCUCCUGAAAGUACGGUGGAAUUUGAAUGUUAAUAAUUGUGCAAUCUCAGGAUUGCUUUAAGUGGUUAGAAAAUUCAGGUCUCCUGAAAGUACGAUGGAAUUUGAGUGUUAAUAAUUGUGCAAUCUGAUAGCAAACCAUUGGCAUGUGUGCAAAAAUUCAGUAAAUUAAACAAGCUAAGACACAUGUUGUUUAUUCUUUUGGUGUAUUGAAGUGUAGACAGAGUAAACAAGUUAUAGAGAAAUAUGUACUACUUAAUAUGUUCAAGUUAUCACUAAUAAUGAUUUAUCUGGGAGCAAUUAUUUUUUGUAUUUAAAAGAAGAUUUCCUAUUAGUCUACAUCUAAUAUUUCCUCUUCUUAUUUUGAUAAACUUCCUUUACAUAAUCUUUCAAAAUAUGCAUCCUUACCAUAUAAUUUCAAGUGUAGGGCUAGCCAUUAUUUGCAUGUCAGAAUAGCUUGUUUAGUGUGAGAUUAAUGGCUGAGGACCGUAGUUGGAUGUAUAAAAGGGUAGUGAAUGGAUACAUUUCAGAUGAGUAUUUGAAAGGAGUUAAGAGGUUUAUGUCACACGCUGUAUCAAAGUUACAAGGUCAGGCAGAGAAAAGGGUUAGAUGCCCUUGUACGAAGUGCAAGAAUGGACAGCUGCAUGACAAAAGAAUAGUUCAAAUGCACCUUUGCAAUAAAGGAUUUACUGAAAAUUACCAUGUGUGGAGUAGACAUGGUGAAAGUGGAGCUGAUACCAGUGAGACACCAGAAGGCAGUAUUGACAAUGAGAUGAAUGAAGGAGGUAAUGCCUAUGGAGAGUCAGAUCAUAUAGAUGAGAUGGUGUUGGAUGCCGUAGGGCCUAAUUUUUGUCAAAAUAUUGAAGAGCCUCCAAAUGUUGAAGCAGCUUCAUUUUUUGAUAUGUUAGAUGCAGCAGACAAGCCAUUGUGGGAGAAGUGUGGAAAACACUCUCAAUUAUCUGCAGUCUCUCGGUUGUUGACAAUAAAAUCAGACCAUAAUAUGUCUGUAGCUUGCUUUGAUGAGCUGGUCAAGGUUAUGAAAGAAAUGUUGCCUCCAGAUGCAAAUUUGCCAUGUAGUUUUUACAAAUGCAAGAAAGUCGUCGAAGCUUUAGGUAUGCCUGUCCAAAAGAUUGAUGUUUGUAAGAAUGAUUGCAUGUUAUACUAUAAGGAGCAUGCUAACAAAAGGAAAUGUAUAACAUGUAAUGGGCCUCGUUAUAUUGAAGGGUUAGAACUCCCUGAGAAUAAGAAGGGCACUCCACAGAAGGUGCUUCGCUACCUCCCAAUCAUUCCACGCCUACAGAGGCUCUACAUGUCACGAGGCACUGCAACACACAUGACAUACCACAAGGAUGGGCUUGAAUCAGAGAGGUGCAACAAUGAAAGCAGAAAGAAAAAGUUAACUCACCCAGCAGAGAGUGAAGCAUGGAAACAUAUUGAUUCAAAGUACCCUAAUUUUGCAAAGGAGCCUCGAAAUGUGCGUUUAGGGUUGUCAACUGAUGGAUUCACGCCAUUUAAUCAAACUGCAACCCCUUACUCCUGUUGGCCUGUUUUUGUUGUCCCAUAUAACUUGCCCCCAGCAUUAUGCAUGAAGGCACAUAAUAUUUUCCUUACCAUGGUUAUACCAGGGCCUACGCACCCUGGAAAGAACAUAGAUGUAUUCUUCCAUCCACUAAUUGAUGAACUUUUGCAACUUUGGACAGAAGGAGUUGUGACAUAUGAUUGCUCAAAAAACCAGAACUUUGUCAUGCGAGCUGCCCUUAUGGGGACAGUAAGUGACUUUCCUGCAUAUGGGAUGUUGUGCGGCUGGAGCACACACGGGAAAUUAGCUUGUCCAAUUUGCAUGGAAGACACAAAGUCAUUUUGGCUAAAAGUUGGAGGCAAGCCAUGUUGGUUUGAUUGUCAUAGGCGUUUCCUACCAAAGGGACACCCUUUUAGACGUGCAAAAGACAAGUUCAUCCAGAAUAAGGAGGAGAAAGAUGGCCCACCUAUUCAUCGAUCAUCUUCAGAAGUGUAUGAUUGUGUUAAAUCUCUCCCUCAAAUUACAUUUGGUACCAAGGCAGGAAAUCAAGAGAUUGAGGGUUUUGGAAAGGAGCAUAAUUGGGUAAAAAGAUCUAUCUUUUGAGAGUUGCCUUACUGGCGUGAGUUGUUAGUACGGCACAACCUUGAUGUGAUGCACAUUGAAAAGAAUGUGUUUGACAAUAUAUGGAAUACUUUGAUGGAUAUCCCAAAGAGGACUAAAGAUAAUGUCAAGGCUCGAUUUGAUUUAGCCAAUAUAUGCAAUCACAAAGAACUUCAUAUGCAACAAAAAUCUAUAGGUCGAUGGGUGAAACCAAAAGCUUGUUAUAGUCUAGAUAAGGCACAGAAGAAAUUGGUACUGCAAUGGGUUAAGAAUCUUAAAUUCCCUGAUGGUUAUGCAUCAAAUUUAGCACGGGGUGUUGAUAUUAAUCGAGGCAAGAUCAUAGGAAUGAAGAGUCAUGAUUGCCAUGUCUUCAUGGAAAGGUUGCUACCUGUGGCAUUUCGUGAUUUCCUCCCCAAGCACAUCUGGAAGUGUUUAGCAGAACUGAGCUACUUCUUUAGGCAACUAUGUGCAAAAGAGGUGGAUAUAGAACAAAUGAAGCACCUACAAAAGGAAGUGCCAGUCAUUGUGUGUAAACUUGAACAAAUUUUUCCUCCUGGAUUUUUUGAUUGUAUGGAACACUUGGUGGUGCAUCUAGCUUAUGAAGCUUUAAUUGGAGGGCCUGUAGCUUACCGCUGGAUGUAUGUAUUUGAAAGGGAGUUACAUGAGGCUCGCAAGAGGGUUCGAAACAAAGCACGUGUCGAAGGUUCAAUUGUAGAGGGGUAUAGGGUACAGGAGGUCUCUAAUUUUAUUUCUAUGUACUUUGCUGAUCAUGUGCGAACAAAGCACACUCGCGUCCCUAGACAUGAUGAUGGUGGUUUCAGAGCACCUACUGACUGGCUGUCUAUAUUCUCUAUCCCAUAUCGCACUCUUGGAAAGAGCACAUCACGUAACUUAUCAAGAGAAGAAUGGCAGGCUGCUAGGGUAUAUGCAUUACUCAAUUGUGCAGAAGUUGACAAAUAUGUCUUGAAAUUUGAUAGGGAGAUGAAACAACAAAACAGGAACAUCACUACAACUCAAUUACAAGAGAUGCAUGAGAAAGAUUUUCCAACCUGGCUUCGUGAGUUGGCUGGAAAAGAUGAAACAGUUGAAGAACAAGUAAGGGCUCUUUCCAUUGGGCCCCGAUACAUGGUUAAGUGUUAUAAGGGAUGUGAUGUUCAGGGGUUUCGUUUUCGUACACAACCAUAUGAACAAAAGAAAUUAACGAGGACAACGACAAAUAGUGGAGUUUGUGUGUCAGCAAAUUGGUUUGAUAACCAAGGGCCUGACUACUAUGGCACUAUCCAGGAGAUAAUAGAGUUGGAAUAUGUCAGUGAUAGUGAUCUAAAGGUGGCUCUAUUUAAGUGUGACUGGUUUGAUCCUAAGAAAGGAGUGAAGUAUGACAAAGCACUAGGCCUAGUUGAAGUUAACCAUAGAUCAAGAUUGGAACAAUAUGAACCUUUUGUGCUUGCAUACCAAGUGGACCAAGUAUAUUAUACACCAUAUCCAUCGCCACCACGUGAAAGAAAAGAUUGGUGGGUUGCAUUCAAGACAAAUCCAAUUGGUACUUUACCCGUUCUUGCAGUGGAUGAUGAAGUUGAUGAUUCGCUUCCUCCUGUAGUUUCUGAAUAAUAUCAAGAGGGAGAGCAGCUUGGAGCUGACAUUUCACAGAAGCUUGGUGAUGAAAGCUUGCUUCAUGAAUCAAAUAUUGUUGAGCAAGUUGAUCCAGAAGAUAUGGAUUUUUUAAAUAGACCAAAUAGCCAUGAGAACAUAGAGAGUUAUGUUGCCAUGGACAGUGAUUGCAGUAGUGAAGAUGAAGGGCCAAUAGAAUCAGAUAAUGACUCAGACAAUGAUAGUGAUUCUAGUGACUAAACAAUUGAUAUAUAUAUAUAUAUAUAUAUAUAUAUAUAUAUAUAUAUAUGUGUGUGUGUGUGUGUGUGUGUGAUAUUAUUAUUUCAUUUUCUCA